AUGGAUUCCCAGAACAUCUAUCAGGAAGUGCAGGAGCACUACGGCUCCGUAGCUCGCACAUUCAAAGACACGGCAUACAGCGGCGCCGUCGCCAAAGCCUUUGGCUAUUCAGAAGACGAACUCAGCAGCAUCCCCAAGCAAGCCAACCUCGGCGUCAGCUGCGGCAACCCGUUAGCGAUUGCGAGUCUCCGAGAGGCAAGCAAGCCCUCGCGUGGAUUUGGUGAGACGGUCAUCGACCUUGGGAGUGGCGCGGGAUUCGAUGUAUUUCUUGCUGCGAGGAAGGUCGGGCCAAAGGGUCGUGCUAUAGGUGUUGACAUGAAUAAGGACAUGCUCGCGCGUGCACGUGAGAACCAGGCUGGAAUACCGGACUCGGACAAUAUCUCCUUCGUAGAAGCGGUCAUCACGUCCAUCCCGCUACCGGACGGCACUGCAGAUUGCAUCAUUUCCAACUGCGUGAUCAAUCUCGUGCCUGAGGCUGAGAAACCGGCCGUAUUCAAAGAGAUGGCUCGCCUGCUCAGGCCGGGCGGGAGGGUGGCUAUAUCGGAUAUCCUGGCGCGGAAGGUGAUGCCUGCUGAGCUCAGGGAGAGUGUUGCGCUGUAUGUUGGUUGUAUAGCUGGAUGUAAUUUGAAGGAGGAUUACGCUCGGUGGUUGGAAGAGUCUGGCUUCGGCGAUGUUGUGAUUGCGGAUACAAACAGCGACUUGAAUGUCUACGUCGAUAUGGCGAAAGAUCCCAGUGUGAAGGAUCCAGAUACUGCUGGGUGCUGUGGGCCACCGGCCAAAGAGGCCAGCAAAACGUCCUGCUGUAGUACAGCGGUCAAAGCACCCUCUGAUAUCAGUCUCGGCGACAUCAAUCUCAAUGAGUGGGCUGGCUCUUUCAAGAUCUUCGCUGUGAAGAAGUAAAAGUUGGUAAAUGGUGUCGUCUUGCAAGUUUUACCCCGUG